AUGAGACAGGAUGACUCAACACCCGCUGGUGCUAGUGCUGGUACCGGUACAUACCCACACACCAAAACACUGCCCAAAAUGUACCAAAAUGUAUGCAUUAUAACCCCACCAAGCGGACCCGCCAAGAAAAUGCGAUUGCAGCUUUGCACUUUUUCACCUUUCGGUUUCUGUCUUCAUAACGGAGCUGGUAUCUCGCUUUACGUUUGCUUUGAUCACUUCCUAAACUUCGCUUAG